CAUUCAUCUUCCCAUCAGCCAGUUUUCUAGUACCUGUCAAUAAAGUGGAUCCUGACAAUAUGUUGCUACUACCACCUGCUGCUGGAAUUCUCAGGACAAUAAGCAGUAAGGAUGAUAUGCAUUGCAGGCUUUCCAUUGCAUGUAAUCAUUUGCAAUAAGAACAUAAAAUAAAAUUUGGUCUCAUCAGACCUUUUGUUCUCUAUCAUGCCAUUUAACAAUAAACAAAAAAAGUUGUAACAUGUUUUCUUCACAACAGCUUACGUUGCCCAGUUUUUUUGGACCGUCUGGUUUGUAGUUGUCCCAUGGAUAUUUUUUUUCCUAUCUCAGGUGUGAAUCUCUCCAGUUUCUUUAAAGUUAUCUUGGGCUCUUGUUGCUUCUCUGAGUAAUGUCUUAUGUUUUGCCUUCACUAGACAGUGCCAUGAUUAUGGAAAAUACUUCUGCAGAACUUUAUCCUGGACUUGUUUUGAUGGCUACUUGGUUUUCCUGAUGCUGUCUGUUUAGAUAUGUAACUGAUAUAGCAAACUCUAGGGCCUUCCAGAAAGGUACAAAGUAUUUAUGUUGAGACCAUGUAUUCAGGUGCAUAAAAGUAAACUCCUUUGAACAAAUUGUUUGACUUUUAAAUGCUAUUGAUUGCAUCAGAGUGUAUUUGGAGGCUUCAUAUCAGGUCUAUGAAGGUGAAUAUGUUUGAAAUCAAGACUUUCAGUUUUUUAUUUGUAAAAUGACAUAAAAUCCCGCUUAAAAAAUCCACUUAAAUUGAUUUUAUUUUCAUGAUGUAAUACUACAAAUUAUGGGGGAAAAAUCCAAUCCAGGUAAAUAUUUCGCAAGAUUCUAUAAAUCUGACAAUCUUUUGUUGUACAUUUCAGGAAUACUGUAGAAAAUGGAAACACAUAAAUGGCACCUGUUGACUUUAAAAGUAGCAGUGGCAAUAGCAAUUAUCAGGUCUAAACCAAAAUGCAAAACAAGCAGAGAAUACACAGAGGAGCUAAGAACAAUUAUCUCUGAUAGAAAAAAACAGAAUGUCAACUUGAAGGCAAAAGUGUGUACACUGGAAGCUGAAGUUCUACAAUUGCGUCAACAACUUCUUCUCCGAGGUAUUCAAACAAGUUCAGAUUUUGAAAAUGAAUCAGCUGAAGCAGUGGGUUUGAUGCCACUGCAGUGUAACGUUGACUCAGGACAAAUUGAAGAUGAUUCUGGUUGUGAUCUUUCUAAUGAAGUAAGAGAAGAUGUUCCUAAAGCAACUCAUACUUCUGAAAUCUGCAUUCAGUCAUGCUUUCCAUCCUCUUCCAUAUUUCUACCAACUGCAAGAUAUUCUCCUGUUGAAGAAGAACAAAUGAUUCAUCAAAUACAGUUUUUAAACCAUCUACUUGUCCUUGGGAAUCUCACAGCUACACAAAGUUUAUCUAAUCUAGAAAAUGAGUGCAGUGUUGUAGAAGAGUCACUGUCUGGUCUGCUGAAUGGUUUGCUUGGCCUCUACAGAAAUCCCAAACCAUCUGUUUCAACAUUUCAGGCAAAAACAAUUGGUAUAUUAACAGCCUUACUCAAAGAUUCGAAAAUGUCUGAAAAUGUGCUCAAAAACUGCCUUAAUAUUAUAGAAAAGUUUGAAAAACAGUUGGUUCAGGAUAUUUUAUCAAACAAAAGUAUUAAUAGGUUUCAGGUGCAGCAAUCAAUGACCAACUGCCUUAUUUUGUUGGGGAAAUGCCACAUAUUAGGAGGACCUCUAAUAAAUAUACUGCUUUCCAAAGUGAAACACUAUUCUGAUGGGCUUCUUCAACAUUACCAGAACCAGAGCAAAUAUGACAUUUCCGAGUAUGAGAAUAUUUUUUCAAUUCUCUCAGCAGUGGAAGCACUUCUACAGUAUGAAAAGGAGAAAUCAGAAUCAUCAGAAUGUGAGCUCUUUAACAAUGAGACAAAACAGUUUCUGCACAAUCUUGACCAAAUGAUACUCAGUCUUUCUGAUGACUUUCCUUUAUUUUCCUUGUAUCUGUGGAAAAUGGGAACAUUGUGUUCGUACAUAGAAAAUUAUAAAUGUAAGCCUCUUUAAACUGCUCAACAGAAAGGAAAGAAAUUAUUAAUGUAUAUAGUCAUCCCUUAUAACAGAUUUCUCUUCUGUUUAGCUUUUUCAAUUACUAUUUCUGAAAUAGAAACAGAAAUGUAUAUUAAUGUGAAAAGACAGGAGUGUAGGUAGUAUAGUAAUACACAGUAUAGUUUGUCAAUGUAUUUUUAAAAUGUAAAUAUGUAUAUAUAUUUUAGUAGUUAAGAAAGUAAACAAAAAAUGUGUGCCUUUAACUCCUUCCCUGUCAACAACCUAAAAUCUAUGUUGCUUAUGAAACAAUUAAGAAGAACCAGCAACAUAGAUUCAGUAAAUUUAUAUUUUACAAUCAGAUAUAUGGGAAUUGCCACUGCCAUGGAGGGAAUUCCAGGGCUGUUUUCUUUCGUUGUAAAGGGUUCACAAGAGUGAACUGAUCCUUCUUGCCUGCAAAGAAUAAACUGCUUUAUGCAUAUGCUUGCAACAUGGCCCCAAACAGUCAUAAAAUCUAAAGAGACAAAAAAAAUGUUUUGAAAGACAAAAAUAAAUACUACUGUACAUUCAUUAUACAUUGGUGAAUUUUAAUACA